GGGUAUCAAAACUUGAUUACAAAUAUGAAUAAAGCAACUGAAAGAGAUUACACUAGAGCCCAGCUGAAAAAUAAGUUGGAUGGAUUGAAAAAUGAAUGGAAGCUUUGGAAGCAACUCAAGGGAAAAGAAAGUGGUUUAGGAUGGAGUAUGCAAAAAAAUACAAUUGAUGCAACUGAAGAUUGGUGGAAUAGUAAAUUACAGACUCAUCCUGAUGCUGCAAAGUUUCGCAUUCGGGGAAUUGAACCAGAAGUAGAGGAAAAAUUAGAUAAGAUUUUUAUGAACACUGUUGCUACAGGAGAGCAUGCUUGGACACCUUCAUUUGGAAUAAUUCCAUCUGAGUCUGAAAAGCCUUUUAAUGAUACUGAAACCUUACAUGAACAACUUGAGAGUAGUGAUGAUGAUCUAGAGACACCUAAUAUUGAUAGAUUUUCUAAAGAGAAAAUUAGCAAGAGAUCAACCGAGCCACUUGAGAAACAAAAUAAAAAGGUGAAAAAUGAAAAAGGGAAAAUGAAGAAGACAGGGCCUGUAAUGAUAUUUGAACAAAUUGGUCGCCUUGCUGAUGCCGUGGAGACAAGAAGUAGAAAUAUUGAAAUAGCUAGAAAGGAGAAUAGUAUUGUCGAAGUUAUGAAAAUGUUAAAUUCUUUGCCUGAAAUAGAAAAAGGGAGCAACUUGUAUUUAUUUGCAACUCGCUUGUUUAUCAUGAAAGAGAAGAGAGAGAUGUUUGCUUCAUUGGAAGAACCUGAGUUGAUGCUUACUUGGCUCAAGAAUGAGUAUACUUUAGAAUACUUAUAAUGCUUAAAUCGCUUAGAAUAGUAGUAUUUAUUUUCUAAACUUUGUGUUAUGACUUUAAUAUAUGUUUGUUAUGUUAUUUUUUGAAUUGUAUUUGCUCUCAAGACUUAGUGUUAUCACUAUUUAAAAUAAAUAUGCUUUAUUAUUUUUUUACUUGUAUUAGCUAUGAAGACUCUAUGGCUAUUUGAUAUCUAUUUCAUAUAUGUUUUUUAAUA